GCACCCAUCCAGUGUGCAUCUCUUUUACUCUCCACCACAAUCCUGGAGGUGUUUGGCAUGAAUUACUGUAAUCACCAAGGGCUGUGGGCUGCGCAUGUAUGGUCAGGGGAUGUGAUGAAUGGUUUGAGGUAGUCUGUUUAGAACUGUCUUGGUGUUCAGGUUUCAGAGAAGAUUUGGUUUGGUGAACAGGCAUUGUAUUAAAAUUACACUGUAACCAAAACCUUAAAGAUAUUGGUUUCCUACAAAACACUUGACAUGUUUCACCUAAUAUUAAAAUUUAAAAGACAUCAAGGAUGUAAUAAAUGAAAUCACUGCCAAAAAAAGGGUUAAACAUAUUUAUUAUUGAUAAUUAUUAAAUAAGAUACUUACAUAAUUUAUUUUUGACUGAGCAAUGUUUCUCAUCUUCAGUCCUUCAACAUGGCAUACUCUGAGGCUGUGGGCAAGGACCAAACAAUGACUUUGUCAGAAUUGGUUCAGAGUGACUUUCUGUAUUGUGACAUCUGCCAGCAGCAGUACUGUCAGCCUGUGCUCUUGCCAUGUCUCCAUAGUUUCUGUGUCUCAUGUGUGUCUCAUCUUAAAUCGGACAUCAGCAGGAAUGGCAACUCAUUGCUACAACUAACCUGCCCUACAUGCAAGUCAGCAGUCACAAAGCCAGACAUCAGUCUCAACCAGCUUAACAUGUUCUUACUUAACUUGUGUCAGCUGUUGAAGUUAAAAGCAGCAAACUCACGUUUAUGUGAGUACUGUGCAUUUGAUGGGAAAAAGAUAAGUGCUACAACUCUGUGUCUGGAAUGUCAGGACGACAUGUGUGAUCCAUGCACACGUGCACACCACCGUACACGAGUCACACGGGAUCAUAAACUUGCUCCACAUGAGCAGAUCAGAAAGGGUUUAUAUGAUCAUGAUAUACGAAGCCAUCAGCAGAUUAUGUGUUCUGACCAUAAAGAAAGUCAUCUGAAUGUAAUGUGCGAAAACUGCUUACAGCUAAUAUGCCAAGAUUGUGCCCUCGAGGCUCAUGCUGAUCACAAGGUGUCCUCAGUGGAACCUGGACUAUCCAAGUACAAGAAGCAGCUGAUGAGAUUUUUACAAGAACUGGAGACACAAGUACCAGCAAUACAGGACUAUGUUGCUUUCCUGUACACACAUGAGACAAAUAUAAACAAGAACCAGAAGGAAAUUAGCAAAGAGAUCACAAACCAAGCAGAUCGCUUCCAUAAACUGAUUGAUCAACAGAGACAACAGCUGUUAGACCAGCUAAAUGAGGCAUGCCAGAAAGAGGUCAGAAAACUACAAGCUAAAUGCAAUGAUCUCAAACUUGCAGAAAUAUCGAUACAAGAAAAUACAAAUCUUCUUGGUUAUCUGGAAAGAUUUGGGACACCAGAAGAAAUUAUUUUAAUGUUCAAAUCAAUUGCUGAAAGGAUCAACCAAAUGAGACACAUGAAACCUGAUGGUUUAAGUCACAGGCUCAUGACUCGAUUCACAUUAGGUUCAUUAACAGAGAUGAAUGCACAAAUAAUGUUUGGCCAUCUCAAUAUCAGCAGCGUUCCAUUUGAUCAAGAUGAUUCUCCACAACCACGUCGGACAGCCCCAACUUUGAUGCCCUCUGUCCUACAAACUCCUCAACUAAUGGCUGUGUUUGAUACUAAACUAAAUACGGACUCAGUUGAUGCUUGGCCUACUGGCGUCUCUGUGACUCAAGAGAAGGAUUUUGUUAUUGUGGACAGGGACAACAAGAAAGUGAAAAUAUUUGACAAAGAAGGCAAGCUUAAAAGAGAAUUCCCAGGCAAAGGAGAUCAUGCACUAGGAAGUCCAUUUGAUGUCACAAUUCUGCAAAAUAGCAAUAUUGCUGUCACUGAUUACAAGAAUGAAGAUGUGAAGAUAUAUUUGAUCAAUUAGAAACUGUGUGACAGCAAUCACUGGUCACUGUCGGCAUCCUCGAGGAAUAACCACAAAUAAGAAUGGACAAAUCAUUGUGGUAGACUGUCAUUUACAUCAAAUAAUGAC